UUUGAGAAACGCUCUCGUUGAGCCAGUGUUUUUAACACGGUAGUACGAAUACAUUUUGAUUUUAAACCGAAAAGCCGGUAUGGGUGAUUAUCAGGUAGCUCAGGUCCAGCAGGAUGCUCUUGGGGCCGUUCAGCUGGAGCUCGGCGGAAAUCCGAAUACCCUGGCCCUGCGUCGGCCUUUCGAUCCCUUGGCCCACGACUUGGAAGCGAGUUUCAGGUUGACGCGAUUCGCCGAUUUAAAAGGCAGAGGUUGCAAAGUGCCCCAGGAAGUUCUCAACAAACUCGUCGAGGGUCUUCAACAGGACUACAAUUCCGCUGAACAUGAACACGCUCAUUUUAUGCAUAUGGCUAUUCCGCGAAUCGGAAUCGGCCUUGAUUGUUCGGUUACCCCUCUGCGACACGGCGGCCUCUGCCUGGUGCAAACGACAGACUUCUUCUACCCGUUGGUCGACGAUCCGUACAUGAUGGGCAAAAUCGCCUGCGCCAACGUCCUGAGCGAUCUCUACGCCAUGGGCGUCACGGAAUGCGACAACAUGCUCAUGCUGCUCGGCGUCAGCACGAAAAUGACCGAAAAGGAACGGGACGUGGUCAUACCGUUGAUCAUGCGAGGCUUCAAAGACUCCGCCCUGGAGGCCGGCACGACCGUCACCGGCGGCCAGACGGUCGUGAAUCCCUGGUGCACGAUCGGAGGGGUCGCCACCACCGUCUGUCAGCCCAACGAAUACAUCGUUCCGGACAACGCCGUGGUGGGCGACGUGCUGGUGUUGACGAAACCGUUGGGCACGCAGGUGGCCGUGAACGCCCACCAGUGGCUGGACCAGCCGGAGCGUUGGAACAGGAUUAAGUUGGUGGUUAGUGAGGAGGACGUGAGGAAAGCGUACCACAGGGCGAUGGAUUCGAUGGCUCGUUUGAACCGCAUCGCGAGCAGAUUGAUGCAUAAAUACAACGCGCACGGUGCUACUGACAUCACUGGUUUCGGUCUGCUGGGACACGCUCAGACGUUGGCGUCGCAUCAAAAGAACGAGGUGUCGUUUGUUAUACACAAUUUGCCCGUCAUUGCGAAAAUGGCGGCGGUGGCGAAGGCUUGUGGGAAUAUGUUUCAAUUGUUGCAAGGCCAUUCGGCUGAAACAUCGGGGGGGCUGUUGAUUUGUUUGCCGCGCGAGCAAGCGGCCGCUUACUGCAAAGAUAUCGAAAAACAGGAAGGUUAUCAGGCCUGGAUUAUUGGUAUUGUGGAGAAAGGCAAUAGAACCGCCCGUAUUAUCGACAAACCUCGAGUUAUCGAGGUGCCAGCUAAGGAGUAGAUGUAAUAAUAUUAUAUUAUAUAAGUAUUUUUUGACAUACAUGUGGCUGUUAACGUCGAUGUAUGAUUCCCAACAGCUUUGUAGAAUUAUUAUUAUUUUGUGCAUUUCUUUAUUCUACGCAUUGUUUGUCAGAUUUUUAUUUGGUUAGAAUUUUACACGUACGUGUGAUUUCUCAUUAAUGUUAAGUAUUUUAAAUUAUGUAAAUUGGAGUUUCACUACUAAAUUCCAGACGUUUGGCAUUAUACUUUAGUACAUAGAAAAAAUGUUCAACGGUAUUUUGUAUAAUAAUUUUCCAAUAUAAUUACUUAAUGA